AUGGCGAACUUGGCACCGGAGGCACUGGUGGACCUUCCUACUACCUCUGAAUACCGCGAAUGGGUCGCAGCUGCUCGAGAAUCUCGCAGAGAUCGCACUACACCGACCUCCUCGACCAACUAUGUCUCAUUAUCCUCUGGGGAGAACCCUACGAUUCCCAUCUUCACCGACGUCCCGGUCAAUUUUUGGCUUUCUCCUUUCAUUGUGAUGAGAGGCUGGUUGGUUCCGUUCUCCUCGACCUCACCGCGACCGCACAUCCACCAGAUUAUGCACGAGGUGAUGACGGAGGCCUGUAACAUGUACUAUGAGGUCGUCCAGAUCGCGGAUAAUUCUUACCAUGGAUUGUUCGAGAUUAUACUCGACUUGUAUCUCACUACGCAGCUCCUCCGGGUUAACCGCAAUAUGAACUAUGAAGUCAUUCACUUCUUGCACGGGCGCAACAUUACCCACUUCAUUACUCGGGACGUUCAUCAGCCUCGACCCGCUCAACUACUACCAGGUGAACCUACUCCCCGUAUGCGCGGACCGUUUCUGCCUCCACGCAUCCUACCCAUUGGCACCACCUACGCUGACGUGGUCCGGUUUUCAGAUGCGGUUCUGACAUUGAUGAUCCCUCAUGAAAUUCACACCUGGGAGGCUCUUGAGUUGUUGCAAACACAGCUACGGUGUCUACGCGCCCGCUCCUACCUAUUGCUUGGACAAUGUCUUCAUUACCACCGCCGCGUGUUCUUCACCGCAGCUUCCGCCAACGAUGUGGAUCCAUGA